UUCUCUUGCAGCCAAAAAAGUCGGGAGCUGAAUAAGGAAAUGAAGCGUAAUUUGAGGAAGAUGGAUGAGUCUUGAGGGUAACACCCCCCUCCCAUCCCUUCUCUCCCUCGCAUGAUGAGCCUAGUGAGUGUGUGAGAGGCAGAGUAAUAGGAAGGGAGUCAGGACGCAUGCAACACGCUGGCUUAUUGGUAACGGGACAACCACAGACACCAAAAGAUUCCUAAUUCUGUACAUGCUAAGGAUAACAAAGACGGGAAAAACAGAGGGAACUGACUUCGUUGGAGCAAAGCAAGGAUUUCUUCCCUGGAGGAAGAGGAGGGGGGGUGGAGGAGUACUUGAUUUCUUUGCUUACUCGCUGAAUAACAUUUUGUACACCGUCGACAUGCAGAGACCCAGUGGCCAAGGGACCGCUUUUUCUAUCGACUCCUUAAUAGGGACACCACAACCCCGAUCUGGGCACCUUCUGUACACCGGCUACCCAAUGUUUAUGCCUUACAGACCUCUUGUUAUUCCUCAAGCUCUGUCCCACUCUCCCCUGCAGUCCGGUAUCCCUCCGUUGGCUCCACUAGCUUCCUUUGCCGGACGUCUCACCAACACAUUUUGUGCCAGUUUGGGGCAAGGAGUACCAUCAAUGGUAGCGCUCACUACCGCCUUGCCUAGUUUCUCCGACCCCCCGGAUAGCUUCUAUCCUCCUCAAGAACUGCCUGGACCCAGAAUAACGACAGAUCCCACUGGAAGGAGACAAGAGAGUCCAGAUUCAGAGGAGCUACCGGCGCGUGAUAAAGUUUCGGAACUCCUUAGCUUUUCGGAAACUUUUCAAACGAUUACAGGCGAAACAAAAUUAUAUAGUUCGGAUGAUGAGAAACUGGACGUGAAAUCGGCAGAAACUCCUUGCAGCGACAGAGAAGAAGACAGCUCCGUUGACAGCGAGAACGAAAGCGUUUCAGACGGCAAUAACUGCAGUUCAUUAUCAAGGAAGAGUCAACUGAAGUCGGGCUCUCAAGAGCCUCUCCCUCCUGGCAACUCCAGUGGAAAAAGUCGGCGAAGGCGGACCGCAUUCACUAGCGAGCAACUCCUGGAGCUGGAGAAGGAGUUUCACUGUAAAAAAUACCUGUCCCUCACCGAGCGCUCCCAGAUCGCGCAUGCACUCAAACUCAGCGAAGUGCAGGUCAAAAUCUGGUUUCAGAAUCGAAGAGCGAAGUGGAAAAGGAUUAAAGCCGGCAACGUUAACAACCGAUCAGGGGAGCCAGUUAGGAAUCCCAAAAUCGUGGUGCCCAUUCCAGUACAUGUCAACAGGUUCGCAGUCAGGAGCCAGCAUCAGCAAAUUGAACAAACUAGACCAUAAGGAUGCGCGGAAGCAUUGCACGCUCCAGGACAUUUUUUUCUACAAUAUGUGUAUAUGAUUGGAGAUUAGUUUAACAACAAAGACAACAGGCUUGAAAGCAUUCACAGGCUCCAAAAGUACCCAAAACAUUACAGAGAUGGGUCUUAACAUAGUUUAACUAAGUUAUAAUUCAUCUAUCCAUGAAGGUCCUGUAAGGCUUUGAGGACCAAAUAUUGUGUAAUUUAAACUGUUUUCUCAAAAAUAUGACUGGUUACAAGAAAAAAAAAUCCGUACGGACUAGGACGGAUGCAAGAAAAGUCCGAACUGUGUAUACAAGAAGUUUACUGAGAUUUAUUCUAAGUAUAUUUCUGAUUUGUUUACAUGUUUGAAUAAAUUUAUCAAUGCGAUCUAACCAAGACAAACAUCUGCCUUCUGUCAAACUCUUGAAAGCCUGAAAUAACAAACCUAUGAGCAAACGAACUGAAUGUUUAAUUUUUUCCCAACUGACUGCACUAAACGUCUAGAAUGACACCCAUACCUGUUGAACUGAUGCAUUUUAAAUCAAACGGUAAACCUAUUCUACCGCAAUGUUUCGGGGACAAGUAAAUGUUAAUUUAUUUAUUUUAUUAUUGCUGUUAUUAAACAUUUUGUACAUUUGUAAAUAAUCAAGUGUGUUGGUUCAUGACACCAACAGUGCACUAUAAAAUGAAAAUGUAUACAGUCUUUUAAAAUAUUUAUAUGUUGAAGUGUGGCGACAAUGCCACGGAUAUUUUUUGUUUCUCUUCUGAAAUGUUUUCUGUGUAAAUUUUGUGAAUUUGGUGCAUGCUCGCUUAAUUGUAAAAGCUGUUUUUAAUGAUUUCCCUCUUUUUUUAUAUAAAUACAGUAUAUUAUAUACUGUGGUGAGUCGAGUUAGGUUUAUUUCCGUAUCAUUUUUAAGUGGUAAGCAUGUAAUUUAAAACCUUUUCGCUAUCGCUUACAGGACAGGUGGACACGUGCUCGGAAACUGAUGUGACAAGAACUAUAGGUGUACUCUAGCAAAAAAAGAGAAUUGGAGAAACGAUUGGCUGUACAUAGAAUUUGAAAGGUUAUUCACACACAUUUCAAUGUAAAAUAAGUUUCCAUUUGUGGUUUCAAUAAAUUAUUUUCUAACAAAGUAUGCGUCUUUCGUUCUGCAUUGCUUUUAGGUACACUAAACAUCGGCUGUUAUUUGAUUCAAUAUGCCUUGUAUAUUUGUGGUAUUUUCG